UUAUUCACUCAUUGCUAAUGAGAUCGUUUUGUGUGUCUGUCUUAUUAGUUACCCUUUUGGGGAUUGCGAUGGCAUAUAGAGAUUAUUCGGAGAAGUGCUAUCAAUCCCCUCGGUCUUAUGGACCUUGUAAUGUUAAGGCCCAUGGAUACACUUAUGAUUCUCGUAGAAAUGUAUGUCGUCGAAUUGUUCUUCGGUGUAUGGCAAGGGGUAACUAUUUCUUUGACAAAGAUUCCUGCGAAUACACAUGCUUAAAGCAUAUUCAGUAGAAGAAAAAUAUUUGUACAUGCGCCAAUGAUGCAUUUGUUAUUAGAAAGUAAGAACAGACUAUGAAAUACAAUUAUAAUAAUAUGUAUAAAUAUUC